AUGGAUUCUAUAAUUGAGACUUCUUUUGUUGCUAGUUCCCUUAUUUUUCUUUCUUGUGUUCAUCAUAGAACAAAGAAAAAUCUAACAAAUCAUCUACACCAAUCAAUUUUUGAAACUCUGCUAAUACAAAGUAAGGAUGGAAAAUUGAAAAGGGGUUGUCAAACUGAGGCUGCUGCGAAGUUCUCUGUCCAUGUAAAAACUGUUCGUUGUAUAUGGCAGAGAGGAAUAGCUUGUAUGGAAAAUGGGUUAAUGGUCAAUGUAUCUAGCAAAUUAACAAAUUCUGGCUGCAAGCGAGUUCAACUCAACUUUGGGAAAGUCACUGAAAUUCCCCUUCGUUGUCGAACCAAUAUCCGCUCAUUGUCAAAGGCAUUGAAUUUUCCAAAAUCAACAGUUCAUAGGAGAAUUAAAGAAGGCAAAAUUAGGCUGCAUUCAAAUGCAUUGAAGCCGUAUCUAUCUGAAGAGAAUAAGAGAGUAAGACUCCGAUUUUGUCUUUCAAUGCUUGAGCCUAAUAGUCUUCAAGGCCAGCCAAUGUUCAAAUCCAUGUAUGACUAUGUGCACAUUGAUAAGAAGUGGUUUUAUAUCUCCAAAGAAGCAGAGAGGUAUUACCUUCUUCCUGAAGAAGAAGAACCACAUCGUUGUUGUAAAAGUAAACGUUUCAUUACAAAUGUAAUGUUCCUUACAGUGGUUUCUCGGUCACAGUUUGAUGAAAAUAAAAAUGAAGAAUUUUCAGUUAUUAUGGCUACUGCAAUUGAAAUUGCAACUGGAAGUGGUACUCCAAUUGUUACACCAACAUCGGUCCCUAUCCAAAACCAUGUUCAAGGGCUUCAGAAUUUUUUGGGUGAAUUCUUAGUUAGGAACUCUGCUGAUGGAGAACAAUUUUUGUUGGUGAAUUUUGUCACUUAA